AUGGCUGCGAAGAACGACAACAUGGGCUUCGUUAGCGAGUCUCUUCCAUUAAACAGAAGUUUCGACUGUGAAGAGGACUUUGAAGAGGCUGGCACAUUCUCAGGUUGCAGAUGCGUCGGGGGAUUAUGUAUCAGGAUAUGGCCCCGGCGGAAGAGGAGUGCGCUGUUGGGCGACCUGCUAUCUCAUCGCCCGGGAGAAGCUCCAGAAGGUCGGUUCAUCGAAGAGGAUGUUGGGAAGGUUGCGAGGCCAGGGUCUGGCGGACUGAGCAGUCCUAAGUGGAAGAUGUUCAUCCGGAGGUUCCGGUUUGGGAGCAGAAAGAAGAGGACAGCAAAGUUUCACUACGAUGCGAAGACUUAUGCGCUUAAUUUCGAUGACGGGGUCGAGAGAGAAGAUGGAUACUAUUUCAGCUUCUCGAGUCGAUAUGCAGCUCCUCCCAGGAUGAGUGCUGGUUAG